AUGGGAGAAGUACGCGAUGCUAUGCUGAUAUAUACCAAAAGUUCUGAUCCAACGGAAAGUGCAGCACGAAGGGAAAGAAUGAGACAAGCAGAAGAACAAGGGGAAAUGGAACAAGCUGCUAUUGCGAUGGUCAAAGCAAACCAAGUGGUAGAAACUGAACUUGUGAGACCAGACCAAGGCGCUAUCACCCCGGAGAGAAUCCCAGCGAUACUGAGACUGGGACCUGUGGAAGCAUCGAAAAACUCCUCCAUGGAACGUAUCCCUGCAACCUUACGCUUGGGGUCUGGGGGAUCAGCGGAACAACAUAUACAUCAAGAACGAGAAAGAGAAGAAGCACAAGACUUACCUGUGCGAAUUCCAGCAACCCUGCGUUUAGGAACAGCAACUGGUGAUACAGCUCCACCAGAAUCGAACGAACCUCUGCUGGUUCAGAAGAGGAAGCCUGGACAAAAGUCGCUCAACAAAAACCUCCUACGGUAA